AGUAACAUCCAGUCAGGCUUUGCGUGGCAUGAGGCAGAAACAGGAUUUUCUAGCAGGACGCCUACCCGUGAUGAUUCCACCAUCUGCGACGACCCCUGUCAGUGAUGCUGCGCUCUUGCCGAGUGUGGCUUCUCAGGAAAUCUGGAGGUCGCAAGUUCCAGGCUAUUCUGGAUCAGUCACACGGCACAUAAGUCAUCGGGCCAACAACUUCAAGAGGCAUCCGAAAAGGAGAAAACACAUCCGCCCUUCGCCGCCGCCACCGCCAAAUACUCCGUGUCCUAUUGAUUUGAUUGACUUUGGGGAUCUCCAGCCUCAGAGGUCUUUCCUAGAACUGCUGUUUAAUGGGUGCAUUCUCUUUGGGCUUGAGUUCAGCUAUGCCAUGGAAACAGCCUAUGUUACCCCUGUGCUGCUUCAGAUGGGGCUUCCAGACCAACUGUAUGGAAUGGUGUGGUUCAUCAGCCCUAUAUUAGGGUUCUUGCUACAGCCUUUGCUGGGGGCCUGGAGUGACAGAUGCACAUCAAGAUUUGGGAGGAGAAGACCUUUCAUUCUGGUCUUAGCAGUAGGAGCGUUGCUUGGGCUCUCGCUUAUGCUGAAUGGCAAAGAUAUAGGGAGUGCCUUGUCUGACACUGCGAAUAACCACAAAUGGGGGAUCAUUCUUACGGUCUGUGGUGUUGUCCUCAUGGACUUCAGCGCAGAUUCAGCAGACAAUCCCAGUCAUGCCUACAUGAUGGAUGUAUGCAGCCCAGUGGAUCAAGACAGGGGCCUCAACAUCCACGCUUUGUUAGCAGGUCUUGGAGGUGGCUUUGGUUAUGUUGUCGGAGGAAUACACUGGGAUAAAACCAGUUUCGGAAAAGCUGUGGGAGGGCAACUUCGCGUCAUCUAUGUCUUCACCUCAGUUAUACUGACGAUCGCUACUGUGCUGACUCUAAUUAGCAUUCCAGAAAGACCCUUAAGGUCCUUUAGCAGGAAGAAAAAGGUGAUGAAGAGUCCAAGUCUUCCUCUCCCUCCUUCUCCACCUUUCUUCUUUGAGGAGGGUGUAAAUGAAAACUUUGCUUCUCAUAACUCAGCUCACUUAUAUGCAAGUUUUACGAGUCCCGUUUCCCCCCUCAGCCCACUCACGCCCAAAUAUGGCAGUUUUGUCAGCAGAGAUGAUUCCUUGAUGGGAAUUAAUGAGUUUGCAUCAUCAUUUGGGACUUCAAAUAUUGACAGUGUGCUUAUAGACUGUUUUACAGGCGGGCACAGUAGUUACUUAGCACUUCCAGCUAGCUUGCCCAGGCAGCCCGUCAGCGUCAGCUUUCCUCGGGUGCACGAUGGCUGCUACCAAGGAGAAAAUGGAGUUCUGGAGCAAGAGGAGAGCAGCGUAACACCAGGGCCUGACGGCGAGGCGCUAAGGGUGGGCUCACUGGAUGCGAUAAAGCCGCGGUCGUCAGGGAUCCUGAAAAGACCUCAGACCUUGGCCAUUCCAGAUAUCGUAACAGGACACUGUCCAGAAAAUAGCAGAAGAAGAAAUGUAACCUUCAGCCAACAGGUUGCUAAUAUCUUGCUGAAUGGUGUUAAGUAUGAGAGCGAGCUGAAUGGAUCAGGCGAGACCUCUGAGCAACCACUCUCCGUGAAACUUCUUUGUUCGACCAUCUGCCAGAUGCCCAAGGCUCUUCGUAACCUCUGCGUCAACCACUUCCUAGGUAUUCAGAAAGUGCCGUCUUGCUUUCACCAUGAAGUAGCCCACCUCGGGUGA